AUGAAUCUGAGAGAGAAGUACUUUAGCAAAAAGCACGUGAUUUCACCAACGCUUUCGACAUUAGUGAUGACAAUUUCAAAGCAUCAGCUGGAUGGCUUGAAGGCUUCAAGAAAAGACAUUAUAUCCAAGGAUAUAAUUGAUCAGGCUCAAUAUCAAAGAUUAUUAGUCAAAAAUCAGGUUGAAGCAUACGAUUUUGCACAAGAAUUUAAUUCUGAUGUAAUCUCACCUGUGACUAUUAUGGAUGCUAUCACUUUCAUUGGUCAUGUUCAAAAAUUGUUGGAAAAAAUUUUAUCUCCUUUGCACGACGUAUCUGAUGAUUACAAUACCGCUGAAACACAUUUAAUCUCAAAUUCUGAAUGCGAACAUAAAGAUGUUCAACGAUUAAUUUGUCGAUUGUCAUUUGAUGAACCAAUGGCAGCUGAUGAAUAUGUUAGUAUUGAUCAGACACUAAUUGAUGAUAAUGUUGAGCUAACUGAUGACGAUAUUGUUGCAAGUAUCCGGCCACCAGAGACUAAAGACGAGUAUGAUUCUGAUGAGAAAGAACUUCCUAGUGUUUUACCAAUUAAGGUAUUGGAGUCUCUGGAACAUGUGCUUAUUUUCUGCGAAACCCUCCAAAUGACUUCAAAAUCGAAGAAAAAAGUGUGUCCAUGGUCAACAGUCUUAAACGGUCAAUUUUUGGGUAUCAUUUAA